UGGGUGGUCGGAAUGGUCGGGUUACACACCGUGUGAUUCCACCUGCGGAACUGGUACAAAAAUGGCCUUCCGCGGUUGUGAUAACCCACUACCACAAAACAAUGGAAUAUACUGUCAAGGGGAGGUCUCCAAAUCAGCAUCCUGUAUUGUGAAACCAUGUCCAGUGGACGGCGCUUGGAAUUCUUGGAUUGAAUGGGGCGCAUGCUCAACCACUUGCCAAACGGGGUUUAGAAUCCGUUCACGGGUAUGCGACAAACCAGCAAAUGCGCACGGUGGGAAACCAUGUCCCGGUUCAUUCAAUGACAACAUUACAUGUUUUGAAAGGGAGUGUCCAGUUGACGGGGGUAUGUCCGAUUGGAGUGAAUGGUCAACUUGCUCCCAUUCCUGUGGAAAUGGAACCCAGACACGAAAUCGGACCUGUACAAAUCCCACACCCUUGUAUGGUGGUGCUUACUGCAUGGAAGAUAGUAGCGAGGACCAGCUAUGCUUAGUUGUUAACUGUCCAAUCAAUGGUAACUGGUCGGAUUGGGCUGCAUGGGGCGCGUGCGACGUCACCUGUGGAAACGGAACAAUGACAAGAAGGCGAUCAUGUGACAAUCCUCAGCCCAUCUUUGGAGGAGCGGACUGCGUCGGAAAUGAAACUGACGUAACAGAAUGUCCAGACAAGUGUUGUCCAGUGGACGGAAACUGGGCAUUAUGGUAUCCGUGGUCGCCAUGCCAAGGCAACUGCUCUAAGGGAACUCGGUCCAGAUUCCGGAACUGCGACAAUCCCCGUCAAGCUUGUGGAGGCAAUCACUGUAUUGGUGUAUACAGACAAACUGACGACACUUGUCUUCCUAUUGAUUGUAGGACAACGCCAACAACUACAAAUGCACCUAUUACUACUGACACAGCUACUUCGGCUGGACCUGACUCUACAGCAACAACAUCUGCAUCAGGUGCUUCAAUAGCGGUCUCAACUGUCACUGGCGGUUUGACUGAUACGACAAUAGUGGCAGCGACAACAAAGACAUCUACGACAACCGUAGCAACAACAACAGCGUCUGCAGGGUUUCAGCCUUUAGUUGACUGCGAUUUUGAAGACAACACGUUGUGUACGUCCUGGCAUAACGCCAAGGGCGCGGACGAUUUUGAUUGGACCCUUCAUAAACAACAAACGGCAACCGACGGAACAGGGCCACAAAACGAUCAUACAUUUGGCAACAGCUCUGGAACAUAUAUCUAUAUUGAAUCCAGUUCACCCCGUCAAACCAAUGAGAAAGCCUGGUUAGAGAGCCAGUGGAUUGCUGCACGGCACCCUCUUUGUUUAUCGUUCUGGUUUUCUAUGUACGGAUCUAGUAUUGGUCAACUUAACAUUUACGAGUACGAUGGGUCUCAACGUCCCGGAAAAAUAGCGUGGUCUUUAGAUGGAAACCAAGGAAAUAAGUGGCAGCAAGCUAAUGUUCCAUUAACAUCGAACGUCAUCUUCUCAGUAAUCAUUGAGGCUACCGUUGGCAACGGCUACCUUGGUGAUGUAGCAAUUGACGACAUAUUAUUGGACGACCGCCACUGUAACAUGUUACCAGAGUCAGCGAACCCAUCGGUUUAUACGACAAUGCUACACACGACAGUAUCACAUACUUCACAACAACAGGCAUUCACAUCUACAACACCCGUAACUCAUAUAUCCGGAUGGUCUGCUUGGUUCCACGGUCCAUGUUCGGUAACCUGCGGUACAGGGAGCCAAACCAGACUACGUCAUUGUAACACGGGACACGUGGUGGAUUGCCCGGGCAAUAAAACGGAAACAAUCGCCUGUCAAAUGAAGUCUUGUCCAGCGUGGUCGAGCUGGUUUAACUUACCAUGCUCAACAACGUGCGGCAAUGGAACUCGAACCCGAUUACGCCACUGCAGCAGCGGACACGUGGAUGACUGUUCCGGCAAAAACAUGGACACUGUCACAUGCAACAUGACGCCGUGUACAGUUCAUGGCGGAUGGAGUAGUUGGUCAGCUUGGUCGCAGUGCGAUGUUACAUGUGAGAAUGGCCACGUCCAGCGCAUGCGCACAUGUACUAACCCUGUACCUGCACAUGGAGGACACGACUGCAGCGGAAACGGCUUCGAGAUGCUUCAAUGCUCAUUGGCUACAUGUCCAUCAUGGACGGCAUGGUUUGAUGGGGACUGCUCUGUUACGUGCGGUGUCGGAACAAUGUCUCGACUAAGGUUUUGCUCCACUGGUAACGAUGAGGACUGUUUAGGUAGUCCCUUUGACUCGUAUUCCUGCACAAAGCCGGGCUGCUGAAACCUGAUUACAUUUUGUUUGCAUGUGUAAUUGGUAUUGGUACGUCUAAAUCUAGAA